AUGAGUACAACGAAACUUCCAAUGGGUGAUGAUGCAUGGGGAGAUGACUGGGAAUCGCAAGCGGAUAAACUGGACGCCGAACCGGCCCCGCCUCCGCCGGAAAAGAAGGUGUCGUCCAAAGUUACCAAAGCCCAACGGAGGGCUCAGCAGGCUGAAUUCAAUCGUCAAUUGUGGGCCGAAGCUGAAUCGCCGCAAACGUUCCACUUCCUGGAAGCCACAUCCAACGUCCCUUUGAAACAAGAUAUCAAGCCAGCUGUCACUCUUCUCAGUCGCAAUCCGCAAAUCGCUCCUCGACAAUCAUCGUCGGCUGCUGGCGCGGCCAGGGUUCUUAGCCGCCUGGACCUGAACGCCGAAGACGACGACUCGGACGAGGAUAAAGGACCGGAGCCAACAGCCGAAGAGCGACAGGCUAUCGCGUUGCGGAAUUUGGAGGAGAAACAACGCAAGUACGAAGAAGUCCGUGAAAGACUAUUUGGCACACCGUCUGCCCCAACGUCUGGGGCAUCCUCUCCACGCAGCUCAACGCCGCCGCGAAAUGAAGGGCGUGGGAAGGGUAGGAGUCGGGGUAACGGGAGAGACACCAACAACAACCGAGACAGAAGAGAGCAGUCUGCCGCCUCAGGCAAGUCUAAGCAGCUCUACGACCCUAGUUCUCCUUCCAGACCCAACUCGUCCUAUGGUCGAAAAGACAGGCAACAGAGUGAUGAAAGAGGCCAGAGCGACCAGCCUCAAUCCCCGCGCCAACCAAUCCGCAGCCCGCGGGGCCCCGAUGGCAGUGGACGAGGCGGGUUUGGGGCAUUUCGCGGUGGAAAGACAAUUUAA